CUGCAAGAAGGCUUUCGUUGUCAUGUUAGGUCGUGUUGGUUUAUUGAUAACGUGAUAACGUGAUCAAACGCAAAUGAACCGAAGUCGAAAGUGUGGAAAGUUGUUGAUGGAUCAUAACAGAGUUUUCUCAAAUCAUCUGCAAUGAAAAAACUUAACUGGAGUGGUUUAGACUUUCUUCGGAGAGACCGAGGAGCUAUCGCACGCGAAUCGAACUCGAAUACAUCAUCAUCUCAAUUAGGGACCAAUCGAUGGAGUUCCGAGUCAAAGCUUCAAAUGACAGAUACAGUUUCUCAGAGCAGCAGUGAUUUGAAUCAAGAGAAACCUCUAUCUAAUAAGGGGAGAUUAAGUUUCAGUGAUCUGUUGAGGAUAAAGAAAAAUCCAAGUGAACCUGGCUAUCCAGAACCAAAGACCAAAUCCAGUUUACUUGAUACUUUAAAGCGCAAGUUCAAGAUUGCAAGAAGUGAACAUUCUCGUAUUAGGCAAAUGAACAAAAGACACAGUUUCUCUCUUUCUAUUUCAUCAAUUGCUGAAGAAUCAUGUGAACGGGAUUCCUUACAAAAGAGCAAAACUCUUCCCUCUAUUCAACAGAGUUGUCGUUUCUGUUCUGUGUCAAACUCAAUAAGAAGUGCCAGAGAAAACUGUUGUGGUGUUCAUGAUUUAGAUCCACUUUCUGAAAACCAAGAUGACCCUAAUGAAAACAGUUUACCAGUAGCAGUGCAAGAAGAUGUGCCACCCACUAUCAAUGAUUCAGAAACCUUAUUUCCCAGUAAUAAUGCAGAAGCUGAAGUUUCAUUACACAGCCCGAGUAAUGCAGCUGUAGUACCCACAACCUCCUCCAGUAACAGUAAUUUAGCGUGGGAACUUUUCAAGUUGGUCAAAUAUGGCUGGUAUUGGGGAAGAAUGACCCGAGGAGAAGCAGAACGGAAGCUGGUAGAUCAACCUGACGGAGCCUUUCUGGUACGCGAUUCAUCUGACGAUUGUCACCUGUUGAGCUUGAGCUUUCGCUCCUACGGUCGAACGUUGCAUACAAGAAUCGAGCACACCAACGGCUACUUUAGCUUUUAUGCGUACCCAGAGGCUGAACAGCAUAGCAGCGUUGGUCAGCUCAUUGAGCACUUGAUGGAUACAUCUCGUUCUGGCAUCUUUUGUUAUUCUAGGUCACGUUCACCUGGAUCUCCCUCAUAUCCCGUCCGACUGACCAAACCUGUAUCUCGCUUCUCGGAAGUUCUACCGUUGCAGUACAUGUGUCGUUUCGUUAUCCGUCAGUACGUUCGGAUGGAUCACAUAGAAGCUCUGCCUCUGCCCGAGUCCCUCAAAUCGUUCAUUGUACGAGGUAACUCUUAAACACGAAAGUUCUUCCGCAAAUUUUGAAGGAGUGCCUCUCCAGUUGCGGGAAGAUUAAGCUGAAAAUGAACUGCGUGCAACUCUAUUAUUGACCGCCAGUUGAGAAUUCUCAAUUUAAGGAAUUAAGGUCAACAGUCGGAUCUUGAGAAUCGUUUCGAAAACGUGAAACCAAAAUGAAAGUUAGCAUUCAGCAAUCCUGCAUAACGUGUCCUCGUGUGUCUUGGCCUCAUUUGCUGUGAUACCUUUUGAUUUCAAUUUUUCUCGAUUUUUACUUCGACGACCCUCCCCUUUUUCUCCCCCUUGCCAUUUGAAUCGAUAAUCUUUUGGUAAGAUAUUAAUGCUGUAAAAAAACUAGUUUUCAUUCAAUGUUUUCGACUGAUGAAAGUUAUUAGCUGCUACGUUUGGAUGUCGACGAUUUUUUUGUUUUGUUUUAUGUUCAAAGAAUAAAAGAAGCGUGCAUGGGCAUUAAACCUCUCGUAUAUGACUUAUAGGAAAAAGGGAAAAAAAAUAUUGUGCGAAAGAGACUGUUGUAACAACUGAAACAUAAUGUUAACACCACUAGAUAUGUAUAUCCAAUUGAAUCAACAUUGUCCACAUAUGCUCAUUUUCUUGAACAAUGAUUCUUGAUUGAAUAUGCACUUGUAUUUGAAUACACCUUUGUUCUGAUCACUCA